AUGACAUCCACUUUUUACUCUGUUUUUAGGAAGUAUUCAACAUUAAUUAAAAUGUCUUCCACCAACCCUCCAAAUACAAGCGAAACGCCCAAAGAGAGAAAACCAGGACUGAGAAGUGUUCAAACAACUAUGCUUUUCCGAGCUGUGAACCCAGAGCUUUUCAUUAAACCUAACAAGCCUGUGAUGGCAUUUGGGCUCAUAGCAAUUACCCUCUGUGUGGCCUACCUUGGUUAUUUGCAUGCAACAAUAGAGAAUAAAAAGGACCUCUAUGAAGCAAUCGACAGUGAGGGGUCCAGGUAUAUGAGGAGGAAAACUUCCAAGUGGGACUGAGAACGUAAGGAAGGAAAUCAGCAAAUCAGUCACAGAACUUUGCCAAGCAAUUGCUAUUUUUUUUCCUCUGUCCAUUGAAAUAAUGGAUAAAUGUCUCUCUUGGUGUUUAAUCCAAUUUAAAUUCCUUUGUAAAAUGCCAUGCCUGUACAAAUAAAUUGCAAUUAAGAUAAGUGUGAACAUAAAAGUGAUUUUAAGAA